UUUUUUAGACGAUCAUCAUCAAGAUCAUCGAUUGACAAGGUUAUCUGAAUUCCUUUUAUAAAUAUGCAGCUGUACAUUUUGUGUCGUAGGAUCAUAAAGAAGAAUAAAUCUAGAAUUAAAAUGAAGAACAAGAGUAUAUAAAUUGCAACAAAAUUUUUUAGAAAGAUUAGAAAAAUAUAUAUUAAAUUUCGUCUUUAAUUAUGUCGGUAAUAAUGUUCUGGAUUUUAUCAGCAUAAUCUAUGUGUGCGACAACUAACGGACUCUGUCGGAGUAACAUGUCACUUGGUCGCAUUAUUUGAUAACGAUUUUACACAUUCAAAAUUUCUUUAUAACGGAGAACCGAAAGUGUGUGUCGCGAGAUGAAUCAAAAUACAAUUUUUGUGAAAAAUUGAAGCGCAGGAGAGGAAGGAGAGAAAGAAUUUGCGAUAGGGAUUUGUGGAAAAAGACAAGAUGAGCGUUACCGGUAAACAGCUGUACGAUAAAAUUCGCGGGCUACGCCCGGACUUGUCAUCAGGGAUUUCAUCGGAAUAUUUGGGCAAAAUCUACGAUGAUUCUAGCACACAACCUUUUCUGGAGUGGUUUUGUAAGAAUGUGAGCGGCGCUAAUGUUCUUUCUCUGGAGGAAAUAAAAUUAAAAAAUACAUUGCAAAAUACUGACGAAUGGCUAGAAGACAAAGCAUUGGAGGCUGCAUUAGAGGAAGCAAUCAAAGAAUGUCCAGACUUGCUCCAACUUGUCAGUGUGGAUGAUACAUAUAAAGAAGAUUUGUUUGCGGAAUAUGAAACAUUGAAGGAAAGCUGUAGAAACAGCGAGGAGUAUCUUCAAACGUUGAAACACAGUAUAAAAAAUUUAAAGGACGUUGAGAAUAAGCUGGAUGAUGAGAUUGAAGAAGUGGAAACUAUGCUGGAUAAAGAGCAGAUUGAAAUAGAAAAAGCAUAUGAUGAUUGCAGUGUAAUUUUGAAGGAAUUUGAUAAAAAUAAUUGUCAAUUUUCUAAAGAUGUUCAUAAUCUUCUAAAUAUAUAUGCAGAUGCUGCUAGAAAUCAAGGUAAUCCAGUAUUAUGGUCACAAAUGCCCAUAGAUCUGUUUAUUAAACAAAUUGAAUUGUAUAAUCAGUAUCUGGGUAUUUAUAUAAAAAAGCAAUUUGGUGACGCUAAUAAGAGCAAGAAAGAGCAAGAAGAGGAUUUGGAUUAUGCAUCUCUAAUAAAUGAUAGUAGGGAGAAACAAUUAGAUGAAAGAAUGUAUAUGUUAUCUUUGUGUAAGACUAAUUUGAUAAAUUCUAAAAUGAAAGAAAUUGAUACUAGUGUUCAAGAGGAGUUUUAUAUGGCAAUGUUACAAUGUGCGCAAGAUAUCUACAAUGAUAAUGUUUUGAAGGUGCCUAAAGAUAGUAAAUUACAUGAUGAAAUACAAAUGUUAAGCAUGAAAAAGGAUUUUCUGGAGAAGAAUGUUGAACUUUUGCUAGAUCAACAGUUGUCUCAAGUGGAAUGGUUUGCAGAAAUGGAGAUAUUAAAGAUUUUGAAGAACAAUGCACUUGCUCGUCUCGAACGUAGAAAAACUCGUCUCGAAAAACUCAAGAAUUUAUAUUCUUUCGCAGUAACGCAUGGACAUGUUUAUGUGGAUUUAUUAUGUAUGUUAAUGGAGAUGCAAUUUUGUUCUCUACGCGAGGUUGCUGAAUUUAUCGCCGAUGCUCAUCAUUACAUCACCACAGAAUAUAAACUGUCUUCUACAAGAUGCGAAGUCAUGCAGCAACAACAAGACGAAUAUGCAACCCUCGUAACGCAGUCUCCGAAAACUUGUAAUGUAUUUAAUCAAAUAUUCAUCUCCAUGAUGCUCGGUAAUGAUAUGUCGGACGAGUCACUCUCUUCGGCGUUGAAAUACGAUGACCUAAUAGCUGACAAUAUGGAGAAGAAGAAAUUUAUAUUGGAAACACAUAUAAAUAAUGAAAUCGAUGAAUUACAAAAAUUAGAGGAUGAAGUUAACAAGGAUUAUAUGACUGAAAUACAAACUGGACCAACAAUCAGCUUCAAUCCAAUUAUUUCAUACGAAAUAAACAACAAAUGCGAGGAAAUAUCCACGAUUGUUCAAGAGAUGCAAGGAGAUAUAACAAAAAUCAGGAAUCAAUUCAAAGAACGAAUGAGAAUGGACAUCAAUCUAGAACGCGAAAGAGACAUUUUAUGGCAGAGAUUUUUGGCAGAGCCAGACACGUUAAGAAUGAAAUACAAGGAAGCAGAACAAAAAGCAAAUGAAUCUCACUUGGACACAAUUGCGGAAAAUAAGGUGAAUUCAUAAAUUAAUUAAUUAGAAAAAUUACGUCGAUCACAAGUUGUCAAGGAAUUGUAUAAAGGAAAAUGUAUAGAUUCUAGUGAAUCCUCUGUUAUUAUAUUUUUAUAUUUUGUAAAAUUAAAACAAUGCAACUUAAUA